UCUCUCUCUCUAUUUAUUUAAACGUAAGGUGGCGGCUUUGUUUGUCGUCACAUCUAAGAAUGGGGAGAAGUAGUAAUUCUUGUUCAUCGUCAAUUGACAGCAGCAACCACCCAUCUCUCUCUGGCGAAUCCUCUCUCCCACACCUCAAGAGAGACCUUAGCACAGAUCUUAGGCUCGGACUAAGCAUCUCAUCUUCUAUUCCAAGGGAGCAAACGUUGGAUUAUCUACCAGUAAAGUCAGUUGCAGCAGAAGGAAAUGAGUGCAAUGAUCACACCACUUUCUUUGUCAAGGUUUACAUGGAAGGCAUCCCAAUUGGCAGAAAGCUGGACUUAUUAGCCCACGAUGGUUACGAUGACUUAAUAAGGACUCUUGACCAUAUGUUCAACACUAACAUUCUCUGGGGAGCUGAGGUGGAUAGAGUGCAGCCUGAGAAAUGUCAUGUGUUAACUUAUGAAGAUGAAGAAGGGGAUUUGAUGAUGGUUGGAGAUGUUCCUUGGGAGAUGUUCUUGUCCACUGUAAAGAGAUUGAAGAUCACAAGGGCAGGCCUAUGUUAAAAUUUAGUGAUUUUGAUGCCUCCUACUCUCUUUCUUCCCCCGAUUUUGUCAUGUGGAGUGAAACCAAUGUAAUGAUCGAGCAAAGCAUAGUUUUUUUGUUGUGAAAUAUGUUCCUGAGUUGCAUAUGUACAUUCAUACGUCAUACAGGCAAUAGUUUUAUCCUCUGGAUGCAAGAUUUUGUAUGAGAUCAUGAUGUGGUUGACAAUCUUAUUGCAGAAACCAUUUCUAUUACAGA